AUGGGUGUCCAGGGGCUCUGGACGGUCGUACAUCCUUGUGCACGGCCCAUCAAAUUAGAAACUCUCAACAAAAAGCGCCUGGCUGUUGACGCAUCGAUAUGGAUAUAUCAAUUUUUGAAGGCGGUACGCGACAAAGAAGGCAAUGCCCUCCGGAACUCUCAUAUCGUGGGCUUCUUUCGGCGCAUAUGCAAGCUCCUCUACUUUGGUAUUCAGCCGGUCUUCGUGUUUGACGGUGGCGCUCCAGUACUCAAGCGCCAAACUAUAGCAAACCGGAAGAAACGGCGCGAGGGUCGGCGAGAAGAUGCCGUGCGGACCGCUGGAAAGCUGCUGGCUGUGCAGCUGCAAAGGUCUGCUGAGGAAGAGGCGGCUACCCGCCGGAGGGGGAGAACGGAAAAUGAAGAGGAGGUGCCAGACAACCCAGUUUAUGUUGGUGAUGCUUUCAUAACCGAACAGGAAAAGCAGCAGACGCGCUCGUUCAAGAAGAAGGACGCCUACCAUCUGCCGGAGUUACAAACCAGUCUUGAAGAGAUGGGGGCCCCCAAUGACCCUCGUAUCAUGUCC